CGCUUCGUGAGUGCGAGUGUUGCCAGACGGUUUCAGUGACGAUCAUAGCCACGCGCCUCAUUGUCCUAGCUGCUCAUGCAUCGGCUGUCUUGCAAUUUAAUCUCAUUCACAACUUGUUCUUGCUAUAAGGAGUUUUAACAAACGUCUACAAAGUACGCGAAUGAAACAGCUACUACAUUUAAGGCUGGCCAAACUGCGGGCCCACUUCUCAAGUUGCACCUUUCGUUGCUCCAACUUUUUAUCUCAAUACCAUUGAUGCGUAAUGAUUACUAGAGAAAGGACUAUUUUCGCAGUAUUAUUGGCUUUUCUCGUCUAUCCAGGUGAUAAUAUGGGAAGAGCAUUUCAACCUGAAUUCAUGAAACCUUUAGCCAAUAUAACAGUUCCUCUCGGCAGAGAUGCAGUUUUCACGUGUCACGUGGAACAUUUGGGAGGAUACAGGGUGGGCUGGGUGAAAGCCGAUACAAAAGCUAUACAAGCUAUACAUGACCACGUGAUAACUCAUAAUCCAAGAGUCUCCGUUUCUCAUGGCGAUCACACAACCUGGAGUCUACGUAUUAAAGGAGCUCAAAAAGAAGAUGAAGGCUUGUACAUGUGUCAGAUCAACACAGACCCGAUGAAGAGUCAGACGGGUAUGUUGGCGGUUGAAAUCCCCCCGGACUUCAUUCCGGAAGAAACAUCGAGUGAUGUGACGGUACAAGAAGGCUACCACGUCAAAUUGAAAUGUCGAGCAACUGGUAUACCUCCGCCAAAAGUCAGUUGGCGCAGAGAAGAUCAAAAGGAUAUAAUUAUUCGUGAACCUUUCUACGAAAAAUCAACUAGUUCCAACGAAAAGGUCAAAGUUCAAAAGGUCAACGAGUGGAUUGGUGAGGAGUUGACACUAUCAAAGAUCAAACGAGAUCAAAUGGGCGUUUAUCACUGUAUAGCCAGCAAUGGAGUACCUCCUAGUAUCAGCAAACGCAUAAUUGUCGACGUUACUUUUCCACCGGUGAUACACGUGCCGAAUCAACUAGUCGGUGCACCUCUUGGGACCGACGUCACGCUCGAGUGCAUUGUCGAAGCCUUUCCUGUGUCGAUCAAUUUUUGGCGCGGCAAUAAAGACGAUAUAAUCAUAACAAGCAGUCGACACGAAGUACAAAUACUGACGAAACCGACCCUCAAGGGACACCACAGCGUGGCACAUCCAAAUUUCAAUUUCAAAGUGCGUAUGUUGCUGAUCAUACGUAAUUUCACCAAACAGGACGUUGGAACUUACAAAUGCAUAGCUAAAAACUCGAACGGCGAGUUUGAGAGCAGCAUCAGACUUUAUGAUAUAACAAGCGCAGUAAAGCAAAAAUCGUCUUACAACGUCGCUGGUGUCGAGUCGAAAAUCAAUCGGCAUGAGUACGAAAAUCAGCAGGGGUUGGAGAUCGACGAUGGAGAUCACUCGGGGUUCGACGGCCUCGACGAGUAUAACCAAGGAUACGAGCGCAUAGGAAAUGGAGAGGUGAGGUCCCAACAGCCCCUCGACAAUGUGGUUCAGAGCUCGCACUCCGUCCCGACUCAAUCCUCGUCCUCGUCUUCGUCGUCGAGUAAGGAACGCAGAAAAAGGCCGGGUGGCGGUCAUCAUCAGUUCAGAUCGAACUCGAACCGAAGCAUCGACGGCUGUGCACUGCUACUUAUUCUCAUGGCGUUCGUCGUCACCUACAGGUGAAAGAACUGACAUUUAUUUCGAAAGCAUAAUUCUAUGCUACUACUUAUGGAUCAAUUAUACUCACACAACUCUAUCAUUAAAACUCUAUGCUUAUUUUUGCAAACGUAAGCCGAAUAACAUAAAUAUAUCAAAGCUUGAUAAUGCAAUAACACCUAUGUGAAAAUGCCAAUAAAAAAAAUAGAAGUUAGUAAAGAGUCGGAACUACAGAGUUGACGCUAAAUACUACUAUAACCCAUUAAUUGCCAAUAAUAAUUUAACGAAUUAGAUAUUUAUACAAAAAAACUGUUUUUAGCAUACUUCAAGAUAAACCGACACCUGUUAUGAAUCAAAUACAAGUUAAAGAUUACUCAAGUUCACUUUUAAUAAUCGGUUGAAUACACUUACUUGAUAUAGUUUUUCCAAAUUAAUUCUAGUACUUUUCGAACGACCAUAAUAGGUUUUUUACCGAAAAAAAACGCAUACACCAUUUACCUGAGAAAUUGUAAUCUAUAGUUUUGAACAAAAACAA